AUGACUAAUUCAGUGGCCUUGGAGGAUGUGGCUAUACACUUCACCCAGGAGGAGUGGGAUUUGCUGGAUCUUUCCCAGAAGAAUCUCUACAAAGAUGUUAUGCAGGAAGUCUUCAGGAACUUGACUUCUAUAGGUAAGAAUGACAACAUUUCUUUCCUUAAUCCAGUAAACAGGUUGGUUUUUUGGUCAUCAGCUUGGAAUGUGGGAAGGUAA